AUGGAGGCGGCGGUCACUAAACUGGAAGUGAUGGUGAGUGUGAAACUAAGGAGAUGGAUUUAUGCGCUCCUUUUACCAGGAGAAAGGAGGAAGCACAAUAGAGCCUCUGGGAAUCUCAGGCUGCACAGAUACUUGAUUCUGCCUUCACCCCCUCCCCAGCUGAAGGGAGUCGCCACCGCCUGGGCCCGUUUAACCGCCGCGGGGAACAAGUUACAUCCGGGGAACGGGGCGGAGAGGGGUGGGGCGGGAAGAGAGCUUGUGGAUCUGCUCGUGGAUCCUACCCCGCUUGGGGAGGAGGGACCGAAGGAGGCGUGUGCGGGACGGCGGGAAGCAGACUGCACUUUCCCCGCGACCAGAGCCGGUUGGGGGUGGGGCACGGGUCGUACCAUUCGCUCCCGUUGGGUCGGUUUCAUUCAUCCCCAGUUCCAGAAAGCAGAAUCUGAUCUGGAUUAUAUUCAACACAAGCUGGAAUUUGAAGUCGAGAAAAAUCUUCCUGAUAAUUCGUCAGGAGAGGAGAAUCCACUUACACUGUUAAAGGAAUUCUCAAUGAUGAAGUCACGAUAUAAGACUUUGUGUGCCCAACUGGAACAAGUUGCUGUUGAGCAGAAAGAGUCUAUGAACUGUAUUCGUGCUACUUUAAAUAAUACAAUGAAAAUGGUACAACAACUAGAGCAACAAGCAGAUCUGGAGUUGUCACCUCUGACUAAGGAAGAGCAGACUGCAGUACAGCAAUUACAGUCUCACUCAACAUGCCAGACUUCAGAAGGAAGUGACUUGCAUAAGACAACACUAAUGUAGUUUUGAGUGUUUUAACUUUCUUGAAUAAGAUGCUAAUGAACAGAUUGACUACUGAUGAAUGUGAAAGCCAUGAGUCUAAGCUAUGGAGUUGGAAAGAACUGAAGUUAAGGAAAAAAGAAAUAGAUACAUAAGACAAAUUAAAGACAUUGUUUCAUUUUGAGGUAUGGAAUGAGUGUUAUUUCCUUGUGUGCAAGGAAAUUGAUAUUUUGACAGAGAUAGUAUGGUAAUAAAUGUAUUGUGAAAGUUGAUUGUGCUAUAUUAAAUAUUCAUAAUAAGUGUCUAUUAAAACUUUAAAAAUCUGUAAGCCAUUUAUGUACUGUUUUUAACUACAUCAAGUUUUACUUUAGUAUUCCUGGGAAUUGAUCUUGGUUUUCUAUUCAGUGAAGAAGAUAUUCAAGUGAAAACAGAACCUGGAGUGUUUCUUUGAAGCUUGAUCUGUCUUGCUGAGUCAGAAGUCUUUGAAAGUUUAGGAGCAAGAUCAGUUCGUUGCUAUAUUUGAGAAAUUUAACCUUUCCAGGCUCAGUUUUCCUCUUUAGGAAACUGAGAUUUUAAAUAGAUAUACCCACUUUCCAGGAAUGAAGGAAAUAUUGUACCACUAAAAGAAAAUUCCUUGAGGGUGGAGAUUGUCAGUAGGUGAAGUUUUAUUGUCAUUGCUUGAUUUUACAAAGUUUUAGACUUGAUCAUUUAUACUGAGUAAUUUUUUCAAAUGCCUGCUUUUGUUUUCUUAAGGAAGAAAAGAGAUGCCUACAGUGUCUCUAUGAACAUAUAUAGGCAAAUAAAUGUGUUUUGAGAAUUUUAUGAGUAUAAUGUAAUUUUAAUGGGAAAAGAUAGUGCCCUCUGAAGAACUUUUUGCAUGUUUCCUUUUGAUAUUUUACUUGGUGUGCUGUAGUGAAGCUACUCUUUAGUUUCUAUGAUCACAGUGACCAUUUUAAGUAUUUUUAUUUCAUAAGAUUUUGUAGAUAAAAACACUAAGUUAAUCAUGUCUUUAAGUUGAGUACUCAUGCUAAUUGAUAUCAUUGUAUUGGAUUUGUUAAAUUAAAAUAUUUCAACACCUUUAACAAGCAAAA